ACAGGGUGAGCUGGGUGCCCACAGAUGUCCCCACAUCAAGGAGCAGCACAACCCAGCCUGAGCCCAGCGUGAGGGGCAGAGAUGGCGCUGAGCCCCGAGUCUGUAAGCGGGCUCCCUGUGCUGGCUGCCACAGACAGCUCUGUGCUUGAGCCGCCUGGCGGCCCCAACGUGUCCCUCAACAGCUCGUGGGCCAGCUCCACGGAGCCCAGCUCCCUAGAGGACCUGGUGGCCACGGUCGCCAUUGGGGUGGUGCUCUCGGCCAUGGGCGUGGUGGGCGUGGUGGGCAACGCCUACACGCUGGUGCUCAUGUGCCGCUCGCUGCGCGCCUGGGCCUCCCUGUACAUCUACAUCGUCAACCUGGCGCUGGCCGACCUGCUCUACCUGCUCAGCAUCCCCUUCAUCGUGGCCACAUACGUCACCAAGGACUGGCACUUUGGGGACGUGGGCUGCCGCGUCCUCUUCAGCCUGGACUUCCUGACCAUGCACGCCAGCAUCUUCACGCUGACCGUCAUGAGCAGUGAGCGCUAUGUGGCAGUGCGGAGGCCGCUGGACACGGUGCGGCGCUCCAAGGGCUACCGCAAGCUCCUGGCGCUGGGCACCUGGCUGCUGGCGCUGCUGCUGACGCUGCCCGUGACGCUGGCCGUGAGGCUGGUGCGCAGGGGCCCCAAGAGCCUGUGCCUGCCCGCCUGGGGCCGGCCCGCCCACCGCGCCUACCUGACGCUGCUCUUCGGGACCAGCAUCGUGGGCCCCGGCCUGGCCAUCGGGCUGCUCUACGCGCGCCUGGCCCGUGCCUACUGGCGGUCGCAGAGGGCCUCCUUCGCACAGACGCGCCGGCUGCCCAACCCGCGGGUGCUCCGCCUCAUCCUGGGCGUCGUGCUGCUCUUCUGGGCCUGCUUCCUGCCCUUCUGGCUGUGGCAGCUGCUGGCCCAGUACCACGAGGCCCUGCCGCUCACGCCCCGGGCCGUGCGCAUCGUCAACUACCUGACCACCUGCCUCACGUAUGGCAACAGCUGCGUCAACCCCUUCCUCUACACGCUGCUCACCAAGAACUACCGCGAGUACCUGCGUGGCCACCCGCGAUCGCUGGGCAGCGGUGGCCCUGGGCCCACAGGCGUCACCGGCUCCCGGCAGUGCCCCGUCCGCUUCCAGUGCGGCUCAGGCCGCUCACUGUCCUCCUGCAGCCAGCAGGCCACCGAGACACUCAUGCUGGCCCCGGCGGCCCCUGAGGAGCCUGCACCUGAGGGUCCCAGGGCCCCCGUGUGA